AUGGGCAACUAUGAGAAAGUGCUGGUGGGAUGGAAGGAAACCCGGUUCGCCAAGGGGCAAAAUUUAGAAGUGCCAGUUAAAGGCCCGAACAUACGCAAACGUACUGUGAGCAGAGCGGACUCCGCGCGGAUUCAGAAGUUUGGCGGCUUUGUGACGUGGAACAGCGUCGGUCAGGCUAAUGUGAACGGACGUCUCGCCAUGACUCGCAGCAUUGGAGACUUCCACCUGAAAACCAACGGAGUCAUCGCCGAGCCGGACACACGGAGACUUAAGGUCCAGCACACCAGUGACUCCUUCCUGGCUCUGACCACAGACAGCAUAAACUUCCUGCUGAGUGACCAGGAGAUCUGCGAUGUCAUAAACCAGUGCCAAGACCCCACGGAGGCAGCAGAAGUCAUUGCUGAGCAGGCGUUGCAGUACGGCUCAGAGGACAACUCCACCAUCAUCAUCGUCCCUCUCGGAGCGUGGGGGAAACAUCAGAGCUCCAACGCCGUCUACAGCAUGAGCAGGAACUUCUCCUCCAGCGGGAGAUGGGCGUAAUCAAGGGCACACAAACAUAGAAAUAUAACAGCUCCAUAUCAGUUUACAGUAUGCAUCACAUACAACUUUGACUGAAAGAAUACAAUCCUUUAAUGUCUUUACCAAACUCCAUGGUAAAGACAUACAUACUCCUGUGUCCGAAACCACGCACUCAUUCCCUACUCCCUAUCCACUCUAUAGUGAUCAGCAUAUAGUGGACUAUAUAGUGGACUUUACUGCAAAACACAAAAAUGAUUUCUGACACUACUCUGGCCAUGGGAAAUGACGUCAUCACCAUCUCACAAUUAAAAUGUUUAGCAACAACGUCUAGUAAAUUUCCAGGCUGAGGAUCGAAAUUAACGGUAGAAUUUCACUGAAAACCAAUACUAAACAUCAUGUAUUUUCACUAAAAAUAAAAAUACUAAUAGAUAAAAAAAAGCUUGUGUCUUAAGUG